CUUCCGGCGCGCUGCAUUGUGGGGCGCGGGUCACGUGUGCGCAUGCGCGGGCGGCACGCCGGGUGCCUCCCCUCAGUAGUCUGAGGGCCGCGGGGGAGCGGUGUGGGUGUGUUCGAGGGGCAGGGGAGGCUCCCCGGCGCUUAGAACACCUGAGCAACAGCGCUAACUGGAAAACAUUGGUUUGGUGACACAGCAGCGCGUCUGUCCCACCUCAGGGCAGUGGAAACCGCGCGGGCUGUCAGUGUGUCUGCGUGACCCGGAGUGCCCGGCAGAGACGAGCCGCUUAUGAUGGGCUUUUUAAUAACUAUUAAUAUGCGUUAAGUCUGCAGCUUCCUCGUGAGGGGAAGCGGAGGGACAGGCACUCUCUGGCGACGAGUGACAGGACCCGAGGGCAGGACAUGAAGCUGUGCCAAGGGAGGUUUAAGGUUGGAUAUUAAAAAAAAAAGUUUCUUUCCCCCAGAGGGUGGUUGGGAUCUGGAACAGCCUCCCGGGAAAGUGGUCACUGCACCGGGCUUCCAGAGCUCAAGAAGCGUUUGGACAAAGCUUUCCAGACACAGGGUGUGGCUCUUGUGAUUUUCCUGUAAAGGGCCAGAAGUCAGACUCGAUGAUCCUAGAACAACAGAAAUGGCCAACCAAGAAGAAGCAGAAAUACAAAUUUCAGAGUUAGAUUUACUGUCUAGCAUGUUUCCUUAUGAGGAAGAGUUUGCUGUGACUGACCAAGUGGCUCUAGCUGAACUGAAACACUAUGUUGAAAAUGAAUCUGCAGAGGUGCCAUCUUCAAAACUUCAAUUUAUACUGAACGUAAAGGCAGAGGUGCCUAAUGCCUCUAUGGUGGAAUUCUCUAUGGCCUGUGCUUUACCAUUUAAAUAUCCGACUGUUCUCCCAGAAAUUACUGUGAGGUCAUCAUUAUUAAGCCGCUCUCAGCAGAUUCUCCUUAACUCUGAUCUAAAAACGUAUUUGAUGCAAAACUUCAGUGGCGAGCCCUGCAUGUUGAGUGCGAGGGAAUGGGUUAAAGACCACGCAGCUGCUUACAUUGACAAAGAUCUUUCAUCCUCCUCAGUGACAGCCUCAGAAGCCACACAGUCAGAAGUCACCAUGUUCACUCGAUUGUGGAUCUACAGUCAUCACAUUUACAACAAACAAAAAAGAAAGAAUAUUAUUGACUGGGCCAAAGAGCUCUCUCUCUCAGGGUUUUGCAUGCCAGGGAAACCAGGUGUUGUUUGUGUAGAGGGUUUACAAAGUAGUUGUGAAGAGUUCUGGUCAAGGGUAAGAAGAUUAACAUGGAAAAGAAUUCUUAUUCGGCACAGAGAAGAUGUUUCUUUGGAAGGUGGAGGACAUGCUGAGAUCCAGAAGCAACGGAAGUUCCCCACUUUGGAAGAAAAAUGUUUUGAUGCUCACGGUGCCAGGGGAAAUCAUAUGGACUUGGGGCAGCUGUAUCAUUUUUUAGAAGAAAAAGGAUGUGCUGACAUAUUUCAAAUGUACUUUGGGGUUGAAGGGCAUUGAAGGGGUUGAAGAUCAGUACAGGCCCCAGCACCUACAUUUCUAAUUUAAUCCUUGUAACAGAUUCCUUAGCUUUUCUGCAAGAGUUGAUCACAGAGGGAAUUAAUAAUUCAUGAUUUAUGUGAUGAAUCCAGUUUUCAAUGAAAACAAAUACCCAGAAUAAUGAA